GUUGUUUUUUUUUUGGAGAAAAAACAUAAAUUUUAUUUAAAUUAUUUAUUAAUCCACAGAAUCGAUCUUACAACAAUUAUGUCACCACAACCCGAUACACCACCUCCACUGACCUAUCAAGUUAUAGCAAAAUGUUCAACCUCAAAAGCCCGUGUUGGUGUGAUGAGUCUGCGACACGCUGACGUCAAUACACCUGUCUUUAUGCCGGUCGGAACACAAGGAACUCUCAAAGGUAUUCAUCCAGAUCAAUUGAUAGCCCUAGAUUGUCGAAUUCUCUUAGCCAACACUUAUCAUUUGGGUAUUCGACCUGGCAUUGAAACAUUAAAAAAAGCCGGUGGCCUACACAAAUACAUGGGAUGGCCACGUGCUAUUCUAACCGAUUCUGGGGGUUUCCAAAUGGUGUCACUCUUGCAAUUGGCUGAAAUCGAUGAAACUGGAGUGAAUUUCAAUUCACCUUAUGAUGGGUCAAGUUGUAUGUUAACUCCAGAACAUUCUAUUACAAUUCAAAAUGCUAUUGGGGCUGAUAUUAUGAUGCAAUUGGAUGAUGUCAUUAAGACAACAAUAACUGGGCCAAGAGUUGAAGAAGCAAUGCAUCGAACUAUUCGUUGGGUUGAUCGUUGCAUCUCGGCACAUAAACGAGACGAUGAUCAGAGUCUAUUUCCAAUUGUUCAAGGUGGAUUGGACACUGAAUUGCGAAAGCAUUGUGUGGCUAAGCUAACCGAACGACCUGUUAGGGGAUUUGCAAUUGGUGGGUUAAGUGGUGGCGAGAGUAAACAUGAGUUUUGGAAAACUGUCCACACUUGUACAGAUUUGCUUCCAAACAAUAAACCUCGUUACUUGAUGGGUGUUGGGUUUGCUUCUGAUUUGGUUGUUUGUGUUGCUUUAGGAGUCGAUAUGUUUGAUUGUGUAUUUCCAACGAGAACAGCACGUUUUGGAUGUGCUCUUGUUGAUAGUGGACAAUUGAAUUUGAAGCAGCAAAAGUAUGCUCUUGAUAUACGGCCAAUUGAUGAGAAUUGUCAAUGUAGCACUUGCAAGACUUAUACACGUUCUUAUUUACAUCACAUUGCUACUGUGGAACCGGUGGCUUCUAGCUUAUUGAGUAUUCAUAAUGUAGCUUAUCAGCUGCGACUUAUGAAUGGUAUGCGAGAGGCAAUUAAAAAAGAUGAAUUCCCUAAAUAUGUGAAAUAUUUUAUGAGAAAUCAUUUUGGAGAAGAUCCUAUUCCAGAAUGGAUUGUUGAUGCACUGAAAGCUGUAAAAAUCGAUUUAAAUGAUGGGAUGGAACAAUCUUGAACGUAAUUUAAAUUAGUUUAGUAAAAACAUGUUCAAAUAAUACAAAAAAAGCAUUUUGUACUUUUACUGUUACCUAAUAAAAUUAAUUUAAUAAAUUUGUA